CGUUCAUCUUCUACUGUUGCGAUGUGAGGUGUGUAUUUGUCGUCUCAUAUUCUACUGUUCGGUUCGGUUCGGUUUGACGAGCAAAGUGAAAAUUUUUAUAUUUUUUAACAAUUAAAUAAUUUGAAAAUAUUUCCAUAAAACCUUGAAAAAAGGAUAUCCUCUGCUAUUUUAAUUGCAUUUUUUUUAAUAAGAAAAUCUAACGCGUCCAUUCCGUUGUGUGUUUGACGUGUGAAAUUGCAUGUGUCUGCGUCUCUGCUAAGCAAGCAGAAACGUCGCAUUUGCAAAAAGAAAAAGCAGUGAAGUAAAGAAAAAUACAAUAUUAAAAGAAAGAAAAUUUAAAAGUAGGAGGCAGGAGAGUAGCAAAAGUCAAUAAUUGUUAAAUGCAGUAAUAAUUUUCACUUCCGAAGUAGUAUAAAAUUUAAAAAAGAAGAGGCAUUGGAGCGGUGCUAAUUGGAAGUGCAGUUACGAAGUCACCAUUUUGAAAUAUUAGGGUUGGAUAAACUUCAUAUAUUUAGGAUAACGGUUUGGUCAGCACCGCUCAACCGUCAAAAUGUCUGCUGAACGCGAGAUUCCAGCGGAGGAUAGUAUCAAAGUGGUAUGUCGUUUUCGUCCACUGAAUGACAGUGAAGAGAAGGCCGGCUCUAAAUUCAUCGUAAAGUUUCCAAACAACACUGAAGAGAAUUGCAUUUCCAUUGCGGGCAAAGUAUAUUUGUUCGACAAAGUUUUCAAACCAAAUGCAUCCCAAGAGAAAGUGUACAAUGAGGCCGCCAAGUCUAUUGUCACAGAUGUGUUGGCCGGUUAUAACGGCACCAUAUUUGCCUACGGUCAAACAUCGUCAGGUAAAACACACACCAUGGAGGGUGUACUAGGUGAUCCGGUGAAGCAAGGUAUCAUACCGCGUAUUGUCAAUGAUAUUUUCAAUCACAUUUACACAAUGGAGAUGAAUCUCGAGUUUCACAUUAAGGUCUCAUACUAUGAAAUCUAUAUGGAUAAGAUACGAGAUUUACUUGACGUCUCGAAAGUUAACCUAAGCGUACAUGAGGAUAAAAAUCGUGUUCCGUACGUGAAGGGCGCUACAGAGCGUUUUGUGUCGUCACCUGAGGAUGUGUUCGAGGUAAUUGAAGAGGGCAAAUCGAAUCGGCACAUUGCUGUGACAAACAUGAACGAACAUUCGUCGCGUUCGCAUUCAGUAUUCUUGAUUAAUGUGAAACAAGAGAAUUUGGAGAAUCAAAAGAAACUUUCUGGUAAAUUGUAUUUGGUGGAUUUGGCAGGUUCUGAGAAGGUUUCGAAGACCGGUGCUGAAGGUACGGUAUUGGAUGAAGCCAAAAAUAUUAACAAAUCCUUGUCUGCCUUGGGUAAUGUGAUCUCCGCACUGGCGGACGGCAAUAAAACGCAUAUACCGUAUCGAGACUCGAAGUUGACGCGUAUCUUGCAAGAAUCUUUGGGCGGUAAUGCACGCACCACAAUUGUAAUUUGCUGUUCACCAGCUAGUUUCAAUGAGGCUGAGACAAAAUCAACAUUAGAAUUCGGUCGUCGUGCCAAGACCGUCAAGAAUGUUGUUUGUGUCAAUGAGGAACUUACAGCAGAAGAAUGGAAGCGACGAUAUGAAAAGGAAAAAGAGAAGAAUGCACGUCUUAAGGGUAAAAUUGAGAAGCUGGAAUUGGAGUUGGCACGUUGGCGCGCCGGUGAAACGGUCAAUGCCGAAGAGCAAGUCAAUGUGGAUGAUGUCAUGGAGGCGAGCACACCCAACCUGGAGGUGGAGACACCGGCGACUACUGCUGGUCCAGUGCCCGCAACACCGGCGGCCGGUCUCAUGGUUGGCUCAAUUAGUAGCGAUGAGCGCGCACGUCUCGAAGCCGAACGUGAAGGUCUCUACCAACAGCUCGACGAGAAAGAUGAAGAGAUCAACCAACAGAGCCAGUAUGUGGAGAAUCUGAAAGAUCAGAUUUUGGAGCAAGAAGAGCUCAUUGCUAAUGCGCGUCGUGAAUAUGAAGCGCUGCAAUCGGAGAUGGCACGUAUUCAACAGGAGAACGAAUCGGCCAAGGAAGAGGUUAAAGAAGUGCUGCAAGCACUUGAAGAAUUGGCAGUUAAUUAUGAUCAAAAAUCGCAAGAAAUCGAGACCAAAAACAAAGAUAUCGACUCACUCAAUGAGGAAUUGCAACAAAAGCAAACACUACUCAAUUCGACAACGUCUGAGCUGCAACAGUUAAAGGAUAUGUCAACGCACCAAAAGAAACGCAUCAACGAAAUGCUGACAAAUCUGUUGCGAGAUCUAGCCGAAGUCGGUCAAGCGUUGGCUACUGGCGAUUCUGCUGUUGAUAUGAAAAUGAACAGCGUGACCGGUGCUGGCGAUGCGACCAAAGUGGAGGAAGACUUCACCAUGGCGCGCCUCUACAUCAGCAAAAUGAAAACCGAGGCGAAGAAUAUGGCACAGCGUUGUAGCAAUAUGGAAACGCAGCAAGUCGACUCGAACAAGAAAUUGUCCGAGUACGAAAAAGACUUGGGCGAAUACCGUCUACUGAUCUCGCAACAUGAGGCACGUAUGAAGUCGCUACAAGAAUCAAUGCGCGAGGCUGAAAACAAGAAGCGUGCUCUGGAGGAGCAAAUCGAUUCAUUGCGCGAAGAAUGCGCCAAACUGAAGGCAGCCGAGCAUGUGUCCGCUGUGAAUGCCGAGGAAAAACAAAAGGCGGAGGAACUGCGUUCCAUGUUCGAUUCGCAAAUGGAUGAGCUACGUGAAGCGCACACCAAACAAGUGUCCGAAUUGCGUGACGAGAUACUUGCCAAGCAGCAUGAAAUGAGCGAAAUGAAGGAUGUAUACCAGAAAUUGAUUUUGGCACACCAACAGAUGACGGUCGACUAUGAGAAAUUGAAGCAGGAAGAAGCGGACAAGUCCAAUAAGCUACAGGACAUCAUACUCACCAACGAGCGUCGCGAACAAGCACGCAAAGACUUGAAGGGUCUAGAAGAUACCGUGUCCAAGGAAUUGCAAACGCUACAUAACCUCAGAAAACUCUUCGUACAAGAUUUACAGGCACGCAUCAAGAAGACUGUAAUCAACGAAGACAACGAGGAGGACGGCUGCUCACUGGCACAAAAACAGAAAAUCUCUUUCCUCGAAAACAAUCUCGAUCAGUUGACAAAGGUGCAUAAGCAAUUGGUGCGCGACAAUGCCGAUCUGCGCUGUGAAUUGCCCAAGCUGGAGAAACGUCUGCGCACAACAAUGGAGCGCGUCAAGGCGUUAGAGUCAGCACUCAAGGAAGCGAAAGAAGGUGCGAUGCGCGACCGUAAACGCUAUCAGUACGAAGUGGAUCGCAUUAAGGAAGCGGUGCGACAAAAGCAUCUCGGACGCCGUGGUCCACAGGCACAAAUCGCCAAACCAAUACGCGCUGGCCAGGGCAACAUUGCCAUACGCGGUGGUGGUGGCGGCAGCGUAAUGAGCGGUCAAUUGCCGCAAGCAAGUGCUGUUAACUCAUAAAGCGAGCAAUGUGUUGCAUAGAAUGCUAUGACAUAAUUAUUUUUUAAUAUAAUACGUAUGUUUACAAAAAAAAAAAACGAAAAAACAAAUUUGCAAUUUUCCAAUGAAUGAUGCAAGCAAGCAAAAAAAUGUUAGGGUGAGCAGAAGAUGAGGGUGAAGAAAACGAAAGAUCAUAAAUAUUUGUGAUGAAGCAGCUGGAGCACGCUUAUGUGAAAGUGGGCGCAAUGAAUAGAAGGUUUUUAGAAAUGUUGAAUUGCUUGAAGGCGUGUCGUAUUCUUAGCAAGUACAUUACAUAUAUGGCGAAGCAUAUAACAAAUAAUUUAAUAUUUCUAUUUAGAAAAAAAUAAUUAUUAUUUAUUUUACAUGAAACACAUAAUUAAUUGUAAUAUGAAAAAGGAAAACUAAUGAUACAAAAAACUUAAACGAAAAAUACAAAAAAAAAACAAAAACUAUAAAAACAAAAAAAUAUA